CGUGACCUUGGCCUCAGCUGAAAUGGAUCGUAAUGGAUUUCCACGUCAUCUUACGUCUUAAAAUUUCUGCCUAGCGGAUACCAUUACAACUCGGGUUAGAGGCACGCGCUUCUGGGAGCUAUGUUGUGGGCGUUGCAUUUAGGUCUUGCUAGCCCAAGCAAGAAUCUGCGCAGGUAUAAUGAUGGAUUUUGACGAGAGGGUUUCCGUUGGCUCAAACAUGUAUCUGCCCAGCUGCACGUAUUAUGUUCCGGGGGCUGAUUUUUCCACGCUGCCCUCUUUUAUAUCCCAAAGUCCGACUUCUCGUUCCGUACCUUACUCUUAUUCCUCUAACCUGCCUCAGGUACAGCAUGUCAGAGAGGUUACGUUCCGGGACUUUGCUAUUGACGCGUCUGGUAAAUGGCCUCACCGAGGUCCACUGGCUCAGUGUUAUCCGUCGGAAGACAUAGUUCACAGGGAGUGUUUAGCAGCACCGACAACCGUGGGUGAAAUGUUUCCAAAGAAUAAUUCAUCUGCAUAUUAUCACACAUCGCAUUCGAGCUCCGCAUCUAAUUUCUACGACAGUGUUGGAAGAAACGGGGUGCUGCCUCAAGUUUUUGACCAGUUUUUCGACACUGCGUUUGGAGGCUCGGACAGUGCAGCGAACAGCGACUAUGCGGCGAGGAAACAGCACUCCAGUAAACAGCCAACACCAGCCCCUGCACCAGAGCAGGAGACUGAAGGAAUGGAGCAACAGGAGACCAGUAGCCCCGAAUCGUCUUCCGGCAACAAUGAGGAGAAGACUAGCGGUGCGAGUAGUGGACCCAGGGUUCGCAAGAAGAGAUGUCCGUAUACUAAAUUUCAAAUCCGAGAACUUGAAAGGGAAUUCUUCUUCAGCGUAUAUAUCAACAAAGAGAAACGACUUCAGCUCUCAAGGAUGCUUAACCUCACCGAUCGCCAAGUAAAAAUUUGGUUCCAAAACCGGCGCAUGAAGGAAAAGAAACUUAAUCGGGACAGAUUACAAUACUACAGUUCAAAUCAUUUGCUUUAGGACAAAAACCAAAAGAUGCACAUACAGAACAACUGCAAAAUUACCAAAAAACGAGACGUGACGUGAUUUUUUCCCCUAUAUUUUAAGUUCGUACAUGCAUUUACAGAAAGCAUGAAACGUAACAUCAUGUUUUGUGUUCCACUUCAUUUUUCGCAACAAAAGUGGAUUUUAUAUAUAUGCAGUAUUUCAUCUUUUGUUGUAGAAAAAAUGUAUUAAAACAUUUUUUUCUUCAUACACACUAAUCAGGUAGUCCUUGGACUACAAGAAAAAACGCAUGACGCAUAUGGGUCUAAAGAAGUAAAUGUUUUAGUUUAAUCACACUGGUAUGGUGUGUUAAUCGUGUGUUUGUGGGGAGAGGAAAGGAUGUGUAUUGACCUAAAGACUUUGUACGACAAAGCAGAAGAAAUAUAUGAGAAUAUUGUCUUGAUUGCUCGCAGUUGUCGGAUUAUUUAAUGAUUUUCCACCAAAUGGAUAUACCUUCAGCAUUGUUAAUCUAUAACACUUUCUUCUAGUAACACUUAGUGGUUUAUGUAUUGAUCAUAUUCGGAUCAUCCAAAGAUUUAACUUGUUUCAAAGUUGUACACAGACAUGCAAGGUAGAACAGUUUAACAAAGGCUGAUUGAACGGAAAAAUACAUCAUUCUGAAUCCCAUUUUAUAAGCAUAAACAUAUUUGCCUGAUUUACAUUUGGUAAUGUGUAUAAAAUGUUUCCUUCCAAGCUUACUGUAAGAUAUAACAGUUAUUUUUAAAAUGACUCUUUGUCCAUCAUCUAUUCUGCUCAGAUUGCGUUUGGAUUAAAGCAGAAAUUGGCUGCUUGUAAUCCAGAGGAUCAUGUGUGUAACAUAAUUUCUAAAUUAAAUUAUCAAAAAAA